AUGAGUCCCAGUCGCGAUGGCGAGGCCGACGACCCCAACCUGAACUACCCGUCGCCAGGAGCUGAAGCCAUGGACGCGGGCCCUUUUUAUAAUUCCAACGGCCGAGAUGAUACCCAAGAACACCACGAGCAUUCCCACCAGCAUGUCGACGGUCACGUAGACGAUCAAGGCCAUCUUCAUACAGAAGAGCAUCCACAGCAUGAUUCGCGACCAGAGAACUUGGAGGAGUUGCAGCUCGCGGCACAGCUGGGUCAAGGUUUGGCAAGUGCGGACAUUUUGCCAGCGACUGAUCCCAGCAUGAGCGUUGAUGAGACCGGCCUGCGUAGCAUCAUGCCUCAUCCCGAACCUGAUCACCACACCCCAAGCUAUGUGCACGACACCCCUCCCUCGGACCACAUGGUUCAGCACAAUAUGCAGGUGCCUGUCGGUCCGCCCAUCUCUCAGUACAACCUGGGAGGUGGCGUGCCGCCUAGGAAACGAUCCAAGGUCUCGCGUGCUUGCGAUGAGUGCCGGCGGAAAAAGAUCAAAUGCGACGCACAAUCCGACACUGGCGAGACUGCAUGUUCCAGUUGCGGGCGGGCUUCCAUUAACUGUCUCUUCAGUCGCGUACCGCAGAAAAGAGGUCCUAGCAAAGGCUAUAUCAAAGAGCUUGCCGAUCGAAUUAACAGCAUCGAGAGCAAGCUUGAAUCUGAUGGUGGCAUGCCGCAAGAUGAAAUUGACAAGCUCUUCAGCGCGGAGCGCCAGCGCGGCACAAACGGGACUGCCACCGUAGACGAUGCUAAUCGUAAGCGUCCGUAUUCGAGUAUCUCGAAUGAUUUCAGCACCUCAGCCCCCAAUCGCCAAGCACCUUGGGGAUCAGAACCCCGAUCGAUACCCCCGGAACCCGCACAGUCGGACACUUACUAUCACAACGCAUCUCUGGCACCGCAGCCCUCUGCUCUAAAUGACACGCCCUCAAAGCCCGUGGCCGAGGACGUCGGCGACAUCACCAUGGAGGACGGUGAGCAUGUCCCAAACAUUGACGAGGGCGUGCUCAACGACUUCCUCAACUCGGUACAACCCCUUUACCCCAUCCUCGCCACCACCAAGACGCGCCAACAGGCGCUGCUGGCGCACUGCCCCCUGACCGUUCGGACCGCCUUCGAGAUUGCACUGCUCGCUGUGGGCCAGAGCACGGCGGGCGACGUUCAGCAGGCCAGCGCGCUGCUGCACGACUGGGAGAGCAGCGAGGUGCCGCGCACGCGCGCGACGGAUAUUGUGCACGCGCAGACGCUGCUGCUGCUCAUCAUCGAUGCCGACUGGCGCUCCGUAUCGACGCUGCCGUUUUUGCUCUCGCGCGCCGUCGGGCUGGCCAACAGCAUGAAGCUCUGGAAGCUGCCGGCCGUGGACCCUGCUGGCGAGACGGACUCGGACGACGCCCUCUCCACGCGCAUCUGGUGGUCGCUCAUCGGCAUGGAUCGGUGGUACGCUGCUGGCACGGGAAAGCCGGCUCAGAUUCCGGACAAUAGUGUUGUGGCCCCGCCAGGACUGGACGCAAUCCUGGGAGACACCUGCUUCUAUUUUACACGUCUGUCCAAGCUUCUCAACCGGAUAUCCUAUGUCAUUUCCAACCUCCCGGCCGGCGUCGCCACCGCCGACGUGCCCAUGGCGGCCAUACUGGCGGACUAUAUUGAAAACUACCGUGAGGACCUCCCCGCGCGCAUGGACGCGGGAUCGUUCCCCCUCAUCCAUCUCGCCUACUGGCACUGCCGACUCCUCGUCACGCUCCUCACGCCGGGUUCGACAGCCACGGAGACGCUCUGGCCGACCAAGGAGGUGACGCUGCUGCUGUUGGCAAGCCCACACCUGCGCAGCCCGCUCGUCAACCACUACGUCUCGCUGGCCGCUAUGUCCCUCACGACGCUGUCCAAGUCGGAGCGCACGCGUGACGAGGCCCUGGCGCUCGCGCGCGAGAUCGUUGAGGUCGGCGGCAACCACUGGGCCGGCGUGCGCGACCGUCUCGCCGAGGUGACGCGCCCGAUGUCGUCGUCGGCGGCGGCGGACGCGGCGGCCGCCAGCCAGAGCCUGCAGCAUCUCGCGGACCUCGCGACCGCGCACGAGGGUGCGGCCCCUCCGGAAAGCGAAGCGGCCGCCGCCGCCGCUGCGGCUGCUGCAGCGGUGGCGGCAUCUCUCGCCACGGGAUACCUGGAACUUGCGUGA